GAAACAUCUUCUGUCUGUGAUUUGGCAAAGGAAAAAAUUUUCACACUAAUACCAAUCUACCUUCUCUUCUCCCUCUCCACACAUUCAACAAACCGAAGUUCUCUUCUGAAAUUCCCUUCUUCCAUUUGCUUGUUAGUAGAAAAAAGGAUCCAUCAAAGCAAACAUAAUAAAACCUUAAACGAUGCGUCCAAUAAAGAUUGCAUUUGGUGAUAUGUUGAUUACUUUCAUGUGGGUUUUCUGUUCAUCAAUGUUUGGUUUAUUUACUUCUUGGAUAGCCACCGCCAUUGGUGUCCAAGCCAUUUCUUGGGCUCCUAUUGUUAUCAUCACCUUCAUUAUUUUCGUUUUCGUUUUCAUCUUUAAUAUUAUUGGUGGAUUUCUUGGUGGGGCUAGCUUUAAUCCUACUGGAACUGCUUCCUUCUAUGCUGCCGGGGUCGGUGACGAUAGCCUUAUCUCCAUGGGCCUCCGGUUCCCAGCUCAGGCCGCUGGUGCUGUGGGUGGUGCCCUGGCAAUCACAGAGGUGAUGCCAGAACAGUACAAGCACAUGAUAGUAGCACCAUCUUUGAAAGUAGAUACACACACAGGAGCCAUUGCUGAGGGGGUUUUGACUUUUGUAAUUACUUUAGCCGUUCUUUUUAUCAUUCUUAAAGGUCCAAAGAGUGAAAUUUUCAAGACAUGGUUGCUCGCCAUUGCGACUGUAGCAAUAGUUUUGUCUGGUACUGCUUACACUGGACCUUCCAUGAAUCCAGCCAAUGCCUUUGGUUGGGCAUACGUAAACAAUUGGCACAACACAUGGGAUCAGUUUUAUGUUUACUGGAUCUGUCCAUUCAUCGGAGCUAUAUUAGCAGCAUGGGUGUUCCGACUUUUCUUCCCCCCACCAUCACCAGUGAAGAAGGCAAAGAAAACAAGGAAACCAAAGAGAGCGUAAGGUGGCAUAACAAAGUUUGCAUGGCUGCCAUAACGACAAUAGAUAAGCCCAAUGUUUAUGCAAAGAACAUUUUAUAUAUAUAUUUUUCUUUUUCCAAUUGUUCAAUUCCGAUGGCAUCCAUUUAUCUCCAACAUUUCUAUGGAUUAUAUGGAGGAAACAUUCUUCUCGUGUACUA